AUGUUUGCUGCGCCAGCAAAGCCGUCGGAGACGAAAACAGCCGGGAGGCAGCAGCAAACAGACCAGCAGCCGCACACCACCCAGCAGCAGCAGCAGCAGCAGCAGCAGCAGCAGCAGCAGCAGCAGCAGCAGCAGCCACAGCAGCCGCACACCACCCAACAGCAACAGCCGCUGCAGCACCCGCAGCCGCAGCAGCAACCGCAGCAGCAACCCCAGCAGCAGCAGCAGCAGCAGCAGCAGCAGCAGCAACCGCAGCCGCAGCAGCAGCAGCAGCAGCAGCAGCAGCAGCAGCAGCAGCGGACCCCCCUGGCAGCCCUUGGAAAGGACGAGGAGGCGGAAGCCGAGCAGCCACCAAAGAAAGCCGCAGAAAUAAAUAAUUCGCGAAGACACCAAAAGCCUGUGGGGCGGCUGCUGCUGCUGCAGCCGCAAAGUCGUUGUGGCCAUGUUCAGCAGCAGCUGCAGCAGCCCCCGCAGCACGCACACCACAGACCACACCUUCGCACCCAAGUCGCACUCCUGCAGCAGCAGCAGCAGCAGCAGCAGCAGCAGCAGCAGCAGCAGCGGCAGCAGCAGCGGCGGAGAAGGCGGCGGAGGAGGCGGCGGAGAAGGCGAGGGAGAAGGCGGAGCGGAGCAGGAGGCGGCACAGCAGCAGCAGCAGCAGCAGCAGCAGCAGCAGCAGCAGCAGCAGCAGCAGCACAAACAGAAACGCAAUGA